CUAAAAAAAAAAGUUUUAGAGGUAUACUACACAAUUUGCUCUGGUGAGUUGUGACACCCUUUCCACCCCUUUCUUUCCUCUUUCAUUUCUUCCUUUUUCCACAAUCUAACUAAAGCCCACUUCCUCAAAUCUAUCACUUUCCAAAACCCAAUUUCCAAAAUUCUUCAGAUUUCCCCCUAAUAAACUCCCCCACCCACUUUCCUCCCCUGAUUUCCUCUGUUUUAUUUAACCCACAAACAAAAAAUGUCCUCUGAUGAUGAAGCAGAGGAAUACCUCUUUAAAAUAGUUAUAAUAGGAGAUUCUGCUGUUGGGAAAUCCAAUUUGCUAUCUAGAUAUGCUAGAAAUGAAUUCAAUAUGCACUCAAAAGCUACAAUUGGUGUAGAAUUUCAAACUCAAAGUUUGGAAAUUGAAGGAAAAGAAGUUAAAGCUCAGAUUUGGGAUACUGCUGGUCAAGAAAGAUUUAGAGCUGUUACCUCUGCUUAUUAUAGAGGAGCUGUUGGUGCUCUUAUUGUUUAUGAUAUUUCUAGAACAACUACUUUUGAAAGUGUUGGCCGUUGGCUUGAUGAGCUUAAUACUCAUUCUGAUACAACUGUAGCAAGAAUGCUCGUGGGAAAUAAAUCCGACUUAGACAACAUAAGGGCAGUAAGCGUCGAAGAAGGCAAGAGCCUUGCUGAAGAGCAUGGACUUUUCUUUAUGGAGACAUCUGCGAAAGACUCGACCAAUGUAAAGACGGCUUUUGAGAUGGUGAUCAAGGAGAUAUACAACACUGUCAGCAGGAAAGUACUCAACUCAGACUCCUACAAAGCUCAAUUGUCACUUAAUAGGGUAAGCCUCGUUAACAAUGAUAAGAAGCAAAACCAAGGGUUUACUUCAUGUUGUUCGAGCUAAAUUUUUCGUGUGCACAAUGUUUAGUCACCCAAAAUUUGAUGGUUAAUUCACAAUGUGUAUUUGUAUUUCUUUGUCUUCAUUUAAUGUUCUUUGGCGGCAAAUGGCUAUUGGCUGGUUUGACCAACUGAAAAUAUUGGUUGAUUCACCAGCAGCUGUUUAAGCUAGUUUAAUCAAAAUCAAAAUUUUGUACUUGAAAACAUUAUAAUUUAUGAAUCAUAUUCAAGUGA